AUGGCGUCGCAUAUUCAACGUUACGGCCCUACUGAGGCCACUUGCGCUAUUUUGCUGGGUGAGCUGUUCCCGGGAGGUCCAAUUACCGUCGGCUGGCCAAUUUGGUACAGUAAGAUUAUCCUGGUCAAUCCCGACGGAGAGUGUACAGAUGAGGAGGGCGAGAUAUAUGUGGGAGGUGCAGGUCUUGCUCUCGGAUAUUAUGGCAAUGACGAAGCGACAAACAAAAGCUUCGUCAUGCACAAUGGAGAACGAUAUUACCGAACUGGAGAUCUGGCACGUUUGACCUGCGAUGGAUACGUCUUUAGGGGACGGAUGGACAUGGCAAUGAAGAUCGAGAACUCCCUGGUUGCCUUCAUUACACCAAGGGUUGAUAUAAGCACUGUGAGACAGUACCUCAGCGCGAACCUUUCGACAUUCCUCGUACCAGACACCAUCUAUGCGUUGGACGAAUUUCCCCAAACUACCAACGGCAAGUGUGAUCGCAAGUCCCUGCUGUCACUUCAUCAAGCAGAGGCGAAGAAAUUAAUCUCCGAGACGACGAUGUCAUCUUCAAACGGUCAUCUAACCCCCGUAUCUUUACAUGGUGACUCAGCAAUCUCGGCGGUCCGGUUAUUGUCACAAAAGAUUAGCGCUGCCCAGGCUCGAACUACAACGCAGGCCCGUGAUAUUCGAACACAAUGUAAAGUGGCAAACAGGCACGUCGGCGGGAUCACCCGGAAAACGCUGGAGAGUUCUUGUAACCAACGAAAAUCGUAG